AACAAAAGAAAAUGAAAGAAGUCAUUGUUUAUUUUUCGAUGGUACCUGAGAUGCAAAAUGACCGAAAACCCACUCUCUUGCUACCAUUUGGAGCCUCUUUUUUGGCUUCUUCAAACAUCUUUGCAGCCAAAGCCAAGGCUCCAUAGCACCAGCAGAGCGAAAAUCGAAGAAACCCUGCAACUUUUAUUCCGAAUCACUCUUAGCGAACACUAAACUCAUACAAACUCCACAAAACGCCAAGGUAAGAAACUCUACCAUAAGCUCUCUCAUGGUAUUCAUAUCUUAAUACCGAGCUUAUUAAACUAUGGCAUUUCUUAUCUAAAAAAAGAACGGACAUCUCGAUUAAUCACCUCACUUUUCGCCAAACUAGCCAUGCCCCAUUUGCAUAAACUUAGACUAACAUCUAUUCUCAAAUGGGUUUCUUUAAAUUUCUUUGUUAGCCAAAAAACCCCAUUAUGGCAUAUGGCGUCUAUUUUGUGCAUUGCAAAGAAUUAUAGGUUUUAUGGUAGAAAAAGAAUAGUUCUCACUGAAAAUUCUGACAAUUUAGAUAAAAAUUUGUUGGAUAACAGCCAUUGCUUUGGCAAUAUAUCUCGUGCCACUAGAAAAAGAGCUCAGGCUGCAUUGUUAGAGUAUUUGCAUCUCACUAGAAGUAUUCCAUUUACGGAUGCAGAGAAUAUGAGUGUAAAUUCACCUCAUUUUCUUGGAAAGCUAUUACAAAAAGUUGAUAUUGAGACAGAUAUUGGGGAGUCUGUUGCCCGUUUCUUGCGGUAUCACCCCAUUAAUGAGUUUGAGCCUUUCUUUGAGAGUCUUGGUUUAAAACCUUAUGAGUAUAUUCCUUUACUUCCACGUGAUAUGAUGUUCUUAAGUGAUGAUGAAUUGUUGCUAGACAAUUAUUAUGUUUUGUGUAAUUAUGGAAUUCCAAGAAAUAAGAUAGGAAGGAUUUAUAAAGAAGCAACAGAAAUUUUCCGGUAUGAUUAUGGUGUAUUGGCAUUUAAACUUCAAGCUUAUGAACAACUGGGAAUCAGCCAGUCAUUUACUGGUAGGGUGGUUGCUUGUAGCCCUUACCUUUUGAUUGGAGAUGUGAAUGUAGAGUUUAUGAAGGUAUUGAAUAUGUUGAGAAAAGGAAGACUUGAGUUCAGUUGGAUUGAGGAGCAUUUGUCAGAGAACAGUUAUAACUGGAGCCGGAUGCUAUCAAUUCUGAACUUGUUUAGGUGUUCAGGUUACAGUGAAGAGCAGUUACAUAGCCUGAUAAGCCGGCAUCCAAUGAUUCUAUUUGAGGGCUCAGGUGAUAAAACACUAUGCCUGAUUGUGUUUCUGUUCAAAUUUGGAUACUCAAUGAACCAGAUAUGUUCCAUAUUUCCACAGUUCUCAAACAUGCAAGUUGGGGAAUUUGUUUCAAAUUUGAGGAAAUGCUUUCUGUUCUUGACAGAGAUCCAGAUGGAGGAGAAUGAGAUUGGAAAGAUUGUCCGUUCUUACCCUCUAUUGCUGGGCUCAUGUACAUUAAAGAGAGCCAAUACUGUAGUUGUUACUUUGAAUGUUGGGAAAAGGAGGCUUUGUAAGAUCAUUCAGGAUAACCCACAAGAAAUGAAGAAAUGGGUGAUUGGAUCAAAAAUUGAAAGAUUAUCGAACAUAGGGGAGCAACUAAAAUCGAAAAUGCUGAAGGCUAAAUUCUUGUUGGAUGUGGGAUUGGUAGAUAACCCAAGCAAAUUGGAAAAUGCACUGAAGGUUGUUCGGGGCCGAGGAACAGAACUCCAAGAGAGAUUUGAUUGCAUCAUGAGAGCUGGUUUGGACAGAAAGGAUGUUUGUAGAAUGGUUAAAGUGUCCCCUCAAAUCCUUAACCAGAAAAAGGAAGUUCUUGAAGAGAAGAUUGAUUUUCUUGUAAAUGGCCUGGGUUAUCCCAUAUCGGAAAUGAUCAGAUUCCCAGAAUAUCUUAACUAUACUACACAAAGGGUCAAGCUUCGGUUAGAAAUGUAUAAGUGGCUCAAAGCGCAAGGAACUGGUCCCCUACUUUCCAUGAGCACAGUAAUUGCAUGCACAGAAGAUUAUUUUGUCAGACAACAUGUAGAGCGACAUCCUCAAGGCCUUAAAGUGUGGCAGAAAUUGAAAGAAAAAAAUUCACUCUAUUAAUGAACUCGUACAGUCAUUAGUUCUACCUUCUUGAUGGAAAACGUGUGGAAAUGUUUGAAUCUGUUACUUCUCUAAAUGUUGACAACCACUUAUUCAUCAUUGUAUAUUGAAGCCAAUUUUGCGAGGCUGGCAGGUAGAAGGUUGAGCUUAUGAAGCAAAAGAGACCCAACACUGGUACUAAUGAACAACGUGAAUAACUUGUUUUCUAGGAAAAUAUUCUCUGGAAAACAAACAGAGCUACAAUUACCAGAAUUCUCCAUCUUGCCUCUUAGAUACAGAGAGUCAUAAUUAGGCGACAUAAGAAUGAAGUAAAUAUUAAUUCUCAAAAUGGUUAUGUAUAAAUUAAAUGUACUUUGUAUACCUCAGUAGUAAUUACUUAUCAUAAUCAGAUGGCUGUAUUCAUGAACUUAGCCAGGCAACCAUAUGCUUCGACCUCCAUUGAAGGCUGCACUAUUUGUUGAAGAUAAAAGUGCAGACCCGCGCUAUUAACUUGUAAAUCCCAGAUGAUUAUGGAAGGAGAGUGCACUUAUCCGGUGGAACAUAAGAUAAUUCCUCCUAUGCACCUCAGCACUCGUUCCAUUUUGUAAGUUCCUGCUUUUUUUCUGGUUAUACUAUAGACUAGCAGGCAUUAAACAUGUUUUCCUAA